CUCACUAGGAACACACAACGCACACUGCUUACCUCUCAUCUCACACCCCAGACCGCCAUGGAUGAACUUGACAUGCUUUUAGAGGAGUUGGCUCAGAGCUCCACCCAGACUUCAAAUGUUCCUGUACCCAUUCCACCCAAAACUCUCCAACUGGGAGCCUCGGUUAAAAGUAACAACACAACUCAGCUUGAACAAACUGAAUCUUCUGGAUUUGUUGCUGGUCCAGGAAAGACAUAUAAUCCCUACAGUGUGGUUCCAGUCCCCGUGGAUGCAGGAGUGAUGAGUCCCGGCACAGCUACACGAGAGCUCGACUCCAUCAUGAAUGAACUGCUAGGGCUAGGCCUGGAGGUUUCAGAACCAGUUCCCACAUCAAACCCACCUCCAGUGGCUUGCAAGUCAAUAAAAGAAAAAAAACCUGAGGAAACUAAAGAAAGUGAUAGUGGAAGCCAAAAAGAGACUAAGAAACCACAGCAUCCUCCUCUGUCAGAGAAAGUAUCCAAGAAUGUGGAUGCUAUAGAUGACCUGCUGGGCUCUCUCAGUACGGACAUGGAGAAAAUGGGGGUCCGCACUGCUGCCAAAGGCCAUUGUGCUUCUUGUGACAAGUGUAUAGCUGGGAAGAUGAUCACAGCUCUGGGUCAGGUGUGGCACCCAGAACACUUUGUGUGUACAGCAUGCAGGGAAGAGCUCGGCACUUGUGGUUUCUUUGAGAGAGAUGGCAAGCCGUACUGUGAGAAAGACUACCAGAACCUCUUCUCCCCUUGCUGCGCUUACUGCAAGGGUCCUAUUACUCAGAACAUUCUAACAGCGAUGGAUCAUACAUGGCACCCAGAACAUUUUUUCUGCGCCCACUGUGGAGAUCUGUUUGGACCUGAUGGUUUUAUGGAGAGAGAUGGUAAACCAUAUUGCUCUAGGGAUUUCUACCGCCUCUUUGCACCCAAAUGCUCUGGCUGUGGAGAGCCAGUGAAGGAGAACUAUCUGUCUGCAGCCAAUGGAACCUGGCACCCUGACUGCUUUGUAUGUGCGGACUGUCUGAAGCCUUUUACAGAUGGUUGCUUCCUUGAGUUGAACGGUCGGCCCCUCUGUUCCCUGCACUAUCACUCUAGACAGGGCACUCUGUGUGGGACCUGUGGAGAGCCCAUCUCGGGUCGCUGCAUCGCUGCUCUGGACCGCAAGUUUCACCCUGAACACUUUGUGUGUGCGUUCUGCCUUCGGCAGCUGAGUCAAGGUGUGUUUAAGGAGCAGGGAGGGAAGCCGUACUGUUCGGUAUGUCACGAGAAACUCUUUGUGUGAAAGAAGUGACGUGAUUCCAGAAGCGUUUUCUUCAAUAAGAACAAUAUUUAGAGAGGGACUUCAGCUUGCAUCAUGAUAAUUUUUUUAGAUUUCAUUUAAGAUUAUUUUAAUAUAUUAGUAAUAAUAAAAAAACAUUUUUAAGUCACACUGUGACCCUCUGGAAGUUUGCUAAAACCACUGUUUUAGAAAGAAAUAGCAAGAAGGAAGGAGUGAUACAUACACCAUUUUUCUAUUUUGUUUGAGAAAAAAAACUUUUAAACUAUAGCAACAUGUUUAAUGUCAUUAUUUCAUAUCAUUUUCACGAUUCUAAUACAUGUUCAUACAAGUAAAGGAUUCAUUGUCUUUUACUUAAGUAGACUAUGCCAUUAAUUUAAUUUUGCACUCAUAGCAUAACAAAACAAACAUACAUCUCGGCUGGCCUUUGAGGAGAUUUCUGGGUCUUGUAAAUGCUAUUGAUGUACUGUUAUUUCUUUUAGGUUUCAAUGAUUAAGAAGACUCAAGAUUCUAAUUAACAUAAUACCAUAUGUUUUCAUAGCCUAUGCGUUACAGUGACAUCAUGGGGACAUUUUCUGUAAACAUUCAAAAAGGGUUAGAAUAACACCGACCAUCAUUUUCUUGAUUGAAUAUACAUGAACUCUACAGAAGCCGGUAGAUUUUGUUGUGUGCAUGUCAAGAUCACAUGAGUGAACAUCCCUAUAGGCAUUGCUCAAGAUCCCUUGUUUUGUCAGUUCACUGCACUGUUACUCAGGGUUCAGUCAGGGAGUAAGUUAAGGACGAGCCUUCUCAUCUUCAAAGAAUGCUCCUUGAUGGUAAGACAUGAAAGCUGCUUUCUGGGAGGAUGGGUCAAAGAUCAAGAUGUUAAUCACACCAUAACAACCAUGAAGCACAAGAACCACCCACAGUGAGUGGACAAACACUCAUACAGUAUGUGGUGAAUUUAAGAUUUUAAUGCAGUGGCUUAAUCUAGCGUUUGAUUACCAUAAAUGGCACAAAUUCAGUCACAAUGCUUUCACUAUGACAAUACUGUUAUGCCAUAACUGACAUCCAAGAAAACACUCCUUAUAUGUUUUAAUGCUAGGGAUCCCCAAAUAUGACAAUCCCCUAUGAGAACACCUUCCUCAAAUAUAUAUUGAUUUUGUAUUAAGUUAAUUUAAAUGUAUAAAGUUUUAAGUUGUAUUAAUUAGAAGUUUGUAUAAAGACUUUUAAAGCCAAUAAAAAUUUU